CUUGAAUUUGAGCUGCCAGAAAAGGGUCUUUGUUUUUGCGCUCUAAUUAACAGUGCUUUAAUAAACUAUGAGAAUCGCUGAAGAACUUGAUUGACUCUUCAAAUUCUCUUCAUCCCUUUCUGUUUUUCUUUAUCUCACAGAUUCCCACCGUCUUCUUCUUGAAUCCAGCGCUUCGGAUUUCCUCAAUUUUCUCUCCAGAAGGUAUGCAGUCAAAGUCUAAAAGUGUGAAUCAAGUGGAAUCUGAACCACCGAAUAUGCAGCAGACUGGUAGUUAUUCUGAACCUUGGUGGCGUAGUAUUGGGUACAAUCCUAUCUCUCCGUCAGCAACAGGAGGGAAUGUGUCCAAUUCACCAUCACUGGAAUGUACUAAUGGUGCCUCAGAAUCUAAUGACCAGUCAAUGUCAAAUGCUGAUUUGAAUGAAGAUGAUGAUGAUGACACCACGAAAGAAACGCAAGCUGCAAGUUAUGGGCAAGGUCAGCACAACAAUCAGCAUGCUGUUUCUACUGCACCUAGAGUGCAUGGUGGAUGUAUCACACAACCUCCUCAGCUUGAACUUGUAGGCCACUCUAUUGCAUGUGCAUCAAACCAAUAUCAGGAUCCUUAUUAUGCUGGACUUAUGGCUGCAUAUGGGCAUCAACCUAUGGGUUAUCCUCCUUUUAUUGGGAUGCCACAUGCUAGAAUGGCUUUGCCCCUUGAGGUGGCACAGGAGCCAGUUUUUGUGAAUGCCAAACAGUAUCAAGGGAUUCUAAGGCGAAGACAAGCACGUGCUAAAGCAGAGGUUGAGAACAAACUGAUAAAAGUUAGAAAGCCAUAUCUUCAUGAAUCUCGUCACCAGCAUGCCAUGAGACGGGCGAGGGGUACCGGUGGACGUUUUGCCAAGAAAAAUGAAGCUAAAUCUUUGAGCUCUACUAUGAAGAGCAAGGAAUCUGGUUCUGGUCAAGCUAUAUCGUCUAGUUCGUCUGGUUCUGAGGCUGUGCCUGGUGCCUUGGCUGAAACCUGGAAUUCCUCCAAUAGUCAACAAGAAGCAAGAGCCCAGUUGCAUGAGUCAUAUGAAGCUCGUAGUUAUGUGAAUGGCAAUAGCCAUUUUCAUAAUUACAGUAGCUUCCAAGCUUCUUCAUAUGCUUUACUCUCUGGCGAGAGAGGUGAAGAUGGAGACUGCUCGGGACAGCAACGAGGAAGUAUCUCAGAAAAUCAGGCCGCACAGAGGCGUCUUGCAAUCAAAUGAACCACCUGGUUGCGAAAAUACGGGGUACCCCUUGGUUAUUUGUGGGGCUACGUUCCCUGGCAGUUUUUCUGUCAGGCGGCAAAUCAUUCUUGGCUUUGUUCUUGUGGUUGUUGCUUAAACUAAACGAAAAGGAGAUGGAUGAUAUAAGUUAGCCAUUUGGACCUUAGUUCUAGUUAAGUCCUUGGAAUGCUUUAUUCCAUCAACCUCCCCAAUUCUUACCUUGUGUAAAGAACAGACUCCAUAGAUUUCAAACAGUGUUCUUUUUAGUUUCAAAACAAUGUUGCUAUCUCGACUAUUAUGUACUUGUGUGUGUGUUAAGACUUGAAAUGUGAUUCAUGAUUUGGUUG